AUGAUAACCCCCGCGAGAACGUGCCUGGCCCUAAGAAAUGUGUACAUUCAGAAAAAGUAUCAGGAGCUGCUAAAGUACAAAGAGUCCGAUGAGUGCCUGAACGAUUUAUUACAAAGAAAUUCGGUAAAGCUAAUAGCCAUCGAUAUUGAUGGUACACUUGCCGAUGAUAAUAGCAAAAUAAGUGACGAGAAUUUAAAUGCCAUAGAAUCAGCCAAGCGAUUAGGUAUUAAGGUUAUUCUGGCAACAGGCAGAUUGCACAAUUUUUCUAUGAGAAUGUUUACAGAGAAGCAAAAGGACACAUACGAAAUAGAAAAAAUGGAUGGAGUGUACUCUCAUGGAGCUUACCUGAAUAUCAAAGGAGUAGAUUAUGUGUAUAGAAAAUUUAACAUGAUCGAUAUAGAAUUUAUUCUAUUCGCUUUGUCCUCACACAAUGCAUUGAAAAAUGCCGUCUUUAUAACACCCAAUGUUGUGUAUGUCUUUAACGACGAGCCAGAGUUUAAGAAGCACUAUGCGGUAUGUGGCCUGAGGGAUGAUGUAGGAACAAAUGCAAGACCUACCAACUCCUUGGACAAUAGACAGAAUGCAGUUUUGCUAACCCAUGUGAAGGACAUAGUCAUGAUAGGUGACAUUGUGUCUAUCGAAAUUUAUGAAAAAAUUUAUCCUGAACAGGAACCACUUAAGGACCUGCACACGGAAUUAUUUCACGAGUUGGAAAACAGAUUUAAGAUUUACGUGCCUCCCCAUAAGAAAAAGAUUGUUCUCUCUCCUAUUAAUACAUCGAAAAUACAGACCAUUCAACUGUAUGCUCAAUUUUAUGACAUUCCAUUGAAUCAUAUUUUGUCCAUUGGAAAUGAUAACAACGAUCUGGAGAUGCUUGCUUCCACAGGCUACUCCGUCGUCGUGAAGGGCUCCACCAAACCUGCGUUGAAGGUCGCCCGAUGCAUUAGCACCAAGACGAACAACGAGAACGCCGUGGCUAAUAUUAUCUUCAGGGUCAUCGCGGGUAGACACAUGUGA